AUGGUCAAAGAAUUGGGAGAAGGAGGCUUAAUGAUCACCAUCAAGUGCGACCUGACCAACGAUGAGGAAGUUGAUACCAUGUUUUCCCAAAUCAUGAAAACAUGGGGAGGCAUUGACGUCUGCAUCAACAACGCUGCUCAAAUUGGAUCGCCGAAGAUCAUGGAUGGAGACCGGAAAGAGUGGAGGAAUUUAAUUGAUUUGAAUGUAAUAGCAUAUUGCUACUGUGCAAAGAAGACAGUGGAAUCCUUGAAGGAGAGGGAUUGCGACGAAGGACAUAUCAUCAACAUUUGCAGAACUGAUCAUUGGUCCAGUUCUCAAAGGAAUUCGGGAUACAUCGCUGUCUUGAAAGUCAUAUGCAUGCGAUUCUCCGACUCAUGA